AUGGCUCAUCAUGCAAAAUUUUUUGCAAGAACAGUUCUUGUUAGGAAUAAUGAUGUCGACACCGCUUACAAAGCUCUAGACAAAAUUUUAAGAAAUGAUAAAGUGCUUGAAAGAGCUCGACGUAACAUGUAUUAUGAGAAACCAUACCAACUAAGAAAACGAGUCAGUUUGGAGCGAUGCAAAAGAAUAUACAACUCCGAGAUGAAGAGAAAAAUUGAAUUUGUCAUGAAAACUUUCCGGCCAUCACCUUGGAUUGCCUAA